UUUCAUAUUUUGUGUUUUAUCCUCAGAACAAGACAUGAGUUAUCCAUUUUACAGAUGAGGAAACUGAGAUCUUAGAGACAUUAAAUAAUUCAUCCAAAUCCCAAAGCAAAUAAGAAGUGGUGCUAGAACUGGAGUGAGAUCUUCUGAUUCAUUUUCAGGCUUUUCAGUCCAGUGUCAAGCUGUUGGAGCGAGGGAGCAAAGGUAAAGAAUGAUGUAAUGCACUGGCUGCCCCAAAGCAUCUUUUGUUGUGGAAUGGUUAUUUCAGUCAUCUCUUUAUGAAUCAAAUGUGAGGGGCUGCUUUGUGGAAGGAGUCCUUUGCAAGAGCACAUCAACGGGAAAGAAAAAGAGACAUUCACUUGGAGGGCUCUUGCUGAAAAUGGGUUUAACUCUCCUUUUGCCAGUCACCACCAGCCUGACCUCAUACAUUUUUAGUACAAUGGAGUGGCUGAGCCUUUGAGCACACCACCAUUACAUCAUCGUGGCAAAUUAAAGGAGGAGGUGGGAAAAGAGAACUUAUUGUUGUCAUGGCCCAUGAGAUGAUUGGAACUCAAAUUGUUACUGAGAGGUUGGUGGCUCUGCUGGAAAGUGGAACGGAAAAAGUGCUGCUAAUUGAUAGCCGGCCAUUUGUGGAAUACAAUACCUCCCACAUUUUGGAAGCCAUUAAUAUCAACUGUUCCAAGCUUAUGAAGCGAAGAUUGCAACAGGACAAAGUGUUAAUUACAGAACUCAUCCAGCAUUCAGCAAAACAUAAGGUUGACAUUGAUUGCAGUCAGAGGGUUGUAGUUUAUGAUCAAAGCUCCCAAGAUAUUGCCUCUCUGUCUUCAGACUGUUUUCUCACUGUACUUCUGGGUAAACUGGAGAAGAGCUUCAGCUCCGUUCACCUGCUUGCAGGUGGAUUUGCUGAGUUCUCCCGUUGUUUCCCUGGCCUUUGUGAAGGAAAAUCCACUCUAGUUCCUACCUGCAUUUCUCAGCCUUGCUUACCUGUUGCCAACAUUGGGCCAACUCGAAUUCUUCCCAAUCUUUAUCUUGGCUGCCAGCGAGACGUCCUCAACAAGGAGCUGAUGCAACAGAAUGGGAUUGGUUAUGUGUUAAAUGCCAGCAAUACCUGCCCAAAGCCUGACUUCAUCCCUGAGUCUCACUUCCUGCGAGUGCCUGUGAAUGAUAGCUUCUGUGAGAAAAUCUUGCCAUGGUUGGACAAAUCUGUAGAUUUCAUUGAGAAAGCAAAGGCCUCCAAUGGAUGUGUCCUGGUGCACUGUUUGGCUGGGAUCUCUCGCUCCGCCACCAUUGCUAUUGCCUACAUCAUGAAGAGGAUGGACAUGUCCUUAGAUGAAGCUUACAGAUUUGUGAAAGAAAAAAGACCUACUAUAUCUCCAAACUUCAAUUUUCUGGGCCAGCUGCUGGACUAUGAGAAGAAGAUUAAGAACCAGACUGGAGCAUCAGGGCCAAAGAGCAAACUCAAGCUGCUGCACUUGGAGAAGCCAAAUGAACCUGUCCCUGCAGUCUCAGAGGGUGGACAGAAAAGCGAGAUGUCCCUCAGUCCACCCUGUGCCAACUCUGCUACCUCAGAGGCAGCAGGGCAAAGGCCUGUGCAUGCUGCCAGUGUGCCCAGCGUUCAGCCAUCACUGUUAGAGGACAGCCCACUGGUACAGGCGCUCAACGGGCUCCACCUGUCCUCAGACAAGCUGGAAGACAGCAAUAAGCUCAAGCGUUCCUUCUCUCUGGACAUCAAAUCAGUUUCGUACUCGGCCAGUAUGGCAGCAUCCUUGCAUGGUUUCUCAUCAGAAGAUGCUCUGGACUACUACAAACCUUCCACGACUCUGGAUGGGCCCAACAAGCUAUGCCAGUUCUCUCCGGUUGAGGAAGUAUCAGAGCAGACUCCAGAAACCAGCCCAGAUAAGGAGGAAGUCACCAUCCCUAAGAAGCCUCAGACUACCAGGCCUUCAGACAGCCAGAACAAGCGAUUACAUUCAGUAAGAACCAGCAACAGUGGUGCCACCCAAAGGUCCCUCUUAUCUCCACUGCAUCGAAGUGGGAGUGUGGAGGACAACUACCAUACCAACUUCCUUUUUGGCCUUUCCACCAGCCAGCAACACCUCGCAAAGUCUGCCGCUGGGCUGGGGCUCAAGGGCUGGCACUCAGAUAUCUUGGCUCCCCAGACCUCCACCCCUUCCUUGACCAAUAGCUGGUAUUUUGCCACGGAGUCCUCUCACUUCUACUCCGCCUCAGCCAUCUACGGAGGCAAUGCCAGUUACUCUGCCUAUAGCUGUAGCCAACUGCCCACUUGCAGUGACCAGCUCUAUUCUGUGCGCAGACGGCAGAAGCCAAGUGACAGAGCUGACUCCCGGCGGAGCUGGCAUGAAGAGAGCCCCUUUGAAAAGCAGUUUAAACGCAGAAGCUGCCAGAUGGAAUUUGGAGAGAGCAUCAUGUCAGAGAACAGAUCGCGGGAAGAACUGGGGAAAGUGGGUAGCCAGUCUAGCUUUUCAGGCAGCAUGGAGAUCAUUGAGGUCUCCUGAGAAGAAAGACACUUGUGACUUCUAUUGAGUUUUUUUCUCAUUCACAAAAAAAUAUUCCCUGUAAAUCUGAAAUAUAUAUAUGUACAUACAUAUAUAUUUUGGAAAAUGGAGCUAUGGUGUAAAAGCAAAGAUGGAUCAACACAGUUGUUCUCAACAUCUGCAUUUGAGAGAUCAGCUCGUAUUUCUCUCAACAAAAGUAGAAGGGUAGAUGCCAGAUUUCCCCCUAGACAGAUGAAAUAAUUUUAUGCCUUGAAUUGCACAUCCUCUCGUUCUUACUAAACAAGUUUUAUUUGGUGUUGGAGGACAAAAUCCCCUGCCAUUUUCAUGUUGUACUACAGAGAUCUCGAAUACUAGCCUUUCUCCCGUCCUUCUGUAGUGCACCUUAGCGCUGAGACUGAGCCAGCUUGUGGGUCGGGCAGGUAGACCCUGCUAGGGACGGAACCUAAUGGUGGUAAAUCCAAGGGAAAUGAUCUGAUUCACAGCUCUGAGCUCACCGGACAGCAGAGUAAUUCGAGUAUCAUUCUCCUGCUUAGACCAUUAGGGGCCUUUCCAAGAUCUACUUUAGAGCAAACCCAGUACCUCAGACAGUUGGGGCUUUCACCACUACCAUGUCUGGUAGCCCGUUUUCUCAGCAUUGUGAGUAGGUAGGUAGCUAGUCACACUUUUCAGACCAAUUCAAACUGUCUAUGCACAAAUUUCCAGUUGGGCCUGGUUAGAGAUAAUUUUUUCUUCUCAGCUUCAGAAGAAAGAAGGGAAACCAGCUAGGAUUCAGUGUAACAGCCAAUAAUCUGGCAUCAUAAUUAUUUAAGCUCAGGUUGGGAGGCUAUAAAAGUCUACUUCCCUCCUUAUCAAAGAAUUGUUCAAAAUGGGAUUAUUAAUCCUUUAAAUAAAGAUUAACUUGGUUUAAAGCCAGAUGUGAAUUUACUUGGGUUGGUAGCAGAGCAGCAGCACCUUCAUUUUGUAAAAAUGUAACAAUAAGUUUGAAUUUAUAGGAAUCUACCAAGAAGGAGAAAAACUAUGGAAAGAUUAGUUUGUAAAAUUGUUGAGAAGCAGGAAACUUAUUUCUCAAGGUUUUUUCCCCUUAGCAUGUGAUGAGGGUGGUAUUUCUAUAAUUUCCUUAGACUUUCAGAUUUACUAAUAGGGCUGAGAGAGGCUUUAGUAAGCAAGGAAUGUACAGAAUUAAACACUAUAGGAAGGUGAGGAGAGGAGGCUGAAUUUUGUUUCAUUGUGAGCAGAGUGGAAAGCCACAGCCAAGCUAUUCUCAGAAAACAUCCCCAGCAUUUUUUUAGUAGAAGGGACAUAGCAAAACAGAGUGGGAUUAAGGUGGUCUCUCAGUCCUUAACCUAUAGUCACUGUAUGGAAUCAGUCCUGGCAGCUGAAAAUAGGAGGUGAUUAGAACAAGUACACAAAUGAUAGUACAUAUCUGCUUUUUAACUUCCUGGCGUGGGUUUUGUCAAGUACAGUGUGGCCCUCUUCUGAAGCCUUAAUUCACGUCAGCAGCUUUUUUGAGGGGUGGGGGGUGUUAUAUUGUCCUUUACUGUAAGUGUAGCUAGUUGUUGACUCAUAUCUCAGGUUUUUCUGUUUGAGAAAUGGACAGUCCUUUGACUAGGAUGUGACUUAAUGUUUCCUAUGGUGACUGCUAAAACCAGCAUAGAAUGACAUGAUUCAAAAUUGACUUGAUCAUGACAAUUAUCUGCUUCACAUAACAUAACUGGUCAUGCACGGAUAAUGGUCUAUGAUAUGGGUUUAAAAUGAAGGAAGAAAAAGUAAACUGCAUAGGGAGUGCAUUGUUACCAUAUUGAAAAAAUUCUGUUAAAUGAUCUGAGUUUUUCUUUGUACAUUUAAAUUUUGGAUGUAAUCAGACAUUCUCAAGGUUUCACAGUAAUUUUUGAUGUGUUGUGUAGACACACACCAACACUGCUUUCAGAGUUUGGUCACACUGUUAAACAUUUUUAAGAAAUGGAAGCAAUAGCUUCAAUGUUAAAUAUGUUUCAAGGGAGUUGGGGGACUUGGUUUAGACAAGAUAUUUGGGAAGAAAUUUGCCUUCCAUCAUUUGAGAUUUCUCUUGGCCAUGGGUCCCCUUCCUUCCUGUGAUGUAGUCAUACACUACAGCCUUUAGUCCUUGAUUGCUAACGUCAAAUAAUCAGUUCUUGGAAUCAAGACUACCAUACUGAAGGGGCAGCCGCAGAGGCAAUCCCUGGAGCUGCUUGGGUGUCUCCAGGUGGCAUGGUGGCUGGGUCUCUUCAGCGCGUCAUUGUAGGGGAAGCCCUGGAAUCUACUAGGAUGAUACAGAAUGAUGAUUUUAAAGAGCAAAACCUAGACUUCUAUGUGAGAAAUGCUGGAAAAUGGUUUAAGACAUUUGUAAAGUUAGGUAGAAAGACUGUAUAAAUGUUUAAUAUGAAUAUAGUGUUGUUUUGGAGUAAGGCAAGCUGUUGAAUGGUUAAAUUGUGCAUUUCUCAUGAUGUGUCAUGUGUGUUAAUAUGAUAAAAUAAAAUCAAAACUGGUACCUGUUUAUACAUAAA